AGCAGUUGUUGGGUUGGGCUCUCAGGCCAUAGGCGGCCCUCACAUGGGUUGUUGUGGAGGGCCCAGUUUUAACGCUUGACGAGAUAUACAGAGGAGAUUUUAUACGUAUCGAACGGCGGCUUUGCGGGAUUCAGAAAGAAGGAAGGAAGGAAGAGCGGCGGCGGCAAUGGCGACAACGAAAGCUGUCGGAAAGCGGAGGCGUAGUAAGACCGGAGGGGAGCUAGAAUUGUUCUACUCCCUUAUCCCUGAGCAGCACGGAAGAACUAUUUGCUUUCGUGCUGCUCGAUCUUCUGCACUUGCGAUUGAUUUCUACUGUAUUCCAGUUGAUGAUGAUGAUGAUUCUCCUCAACCGUCGUACGGUGCGCCACCGAAACGUAUUGUCCCGUUCUAUAGUAGCACUAACAUAUCCGGGUCGUCCAGCUUUGCCGCGGUGGAUAAAUCCAUGUACUGCGUCGGUGGCCACAAGAUGAACGGCAAGGGGGAAGAAACCUCCGCCAUCUACCGUUUCGACACCACCGGUAACAAUAGCGGUUCUUGGCUUCGUAACUCGUUCGACAUGCGUUGCCCCAGAGUGGCCCCGAGCACCAUAGUCAUGGACGGGAAGCUCUUCGUCAUAGGCAGUCAGGUGGUUUCUGAUGGUGCUCCGUUGGUUGAAGUUUUCGAUCCUUCCUCUAAAUACUCUCUCAUUGUAGUAUCACCACCUCCGCCUGAAUCCAUUCGCGAAAGCAUGCUCUUUGUGACUGCAGCCCUUCCUGAUAGAAACCAGAUUUUGGUGGCUUGCACACAUGCGAAUUUCGCUUAUCUGCUUGAGGUCAAGACUGGAGCUUGGGCACAGUUCGAUCACAAUGUCGACUUUGCUGAUACCAGCGGUGAAGCAGCCGUUGUUCUGAAAACCACUAUGUGUUGGUAUAACGAUAGGCUUCGCAUGCUCAUGGCCUACGAUUUGAAUCUCAAAACGUGGUUUAAAACCUCUGUAAAGGACUUGAAGAGGGUCGGCAGGCGAUUGAAGGAUGCAAACGGAAACUAUAAUUUCUCUUUGUUCCCUCUGGAUGAAAACCACCUCUGCUUGCUUUGGGCUGAUCAUGUUACUCCAUGCCUCCUUCAUUGUACCAAAGUUAGCGUUUCCUUAUCGCACGACAGAUUUUGUGCCGCUGUUGCCUCCUCCCGAUCUUAUGUGCUAAGAGAUAAAUCGCACUUCAUCGAUGGCCUUCGAUUUGAAUCUCAAAACGUGGUUUAAAACCUUGAUAAAGGACUUGAAGAGGGUCGGCAGGACAUUGAAAGAUGUAAACCGAAACUAUAAUUUCUGUUUGUUCCCUCUGGAUGAAAACCACCUCUGCUUGCUUUGGGCCAAUCAUGUUACUCCAUUCCCCCUUCAUUGUACCAAAGUUAGCGUUUCCUUAACGCAUGAUAGAUUUUGUGCCGCUGUUGCAUCCUCCCGAUCUUAUGUGCUGAGAGAUAAAUCGCACUUCAUCGAUGGCCUCCUCCUGCGAAGAUGACAUGUUGACAGCAGAGGAUCGAAGGGGGUACAUCCAGAGAGUUUGGGGGAGAGAGGAGUUCACCGAAAAUAUUCCAACAAAAUCUUCGCACUCCCAGUUAAC